AUGCGGAAAUGUUGUGUUAUUGGUUGCAAUGCCACCAACAAGACUCACCGACUUUUUAAUUUCCCAAAAAACGAUAAAUUACGGGAAUUAUGGUUAUCUUUCCUGAUUCCUGUAAAUGCGAUGCUCAGUGGUCUGUCGAAGGACCAAUUGAUUAGCCGAUAUGUGUGUCAGAAGCAUUUCGAUAGACAUCAGUUUGACGGUACGGGAAACCGUCUUCAGCAUGGUUAUCCCUCCUUGUUUACUUCUAUGGAAAUUCUUCAUGGUGUACCUUUGAGGUCGACAGCUGAUAAUGAUUUGAGUGAUCACAAUUAUGCCAAGCAACCGACUGUCUCGCAAAAUCCAACUGAUUUUACUUCUAAAGUAAAAAAUAAUAUACUGAUACCUUGUACUGCUGCAUCGAGUUCACAAACAACAAGUAUUGUGAAAAUUGUUUCAAACAAGCUUACAUCUAAAAUAGACAAUGACACAGCACUGACACCUUGUGCUGCUGCAUCGAGUUCGCAAACAACAAGUAUUGUGGAAAUCGUUUCAAACAAGCCUAUAUCUAAUAUAGAUGGUGAACCCACAGACCUGAUUGGCAAUGUGGAACAAAUUCAAAUUGAAACGCCAUCAAACAUAAGUAAUUUAAAUAAAGGAGGCAAUAAAAUGAUAAACCGCUGUAGGAGCUUUGCAAGCAGCAUGACAAAAAUGGCUGACAAUGAAAGCAACAUGCAAACGCCAUUUUCAGGAGAUGAUGCUAGAAGUAUAAGCAACAACCAUUUGUUCAGUAAGCAGUUUGGAAAACUACCAAAACAAGCACAAGACUUUCUUCUCAUGCAGCUGAAAAUGGCGAACAGAAAAAAGGAAGCAAUGAGAUUUACUACUAAUGAGAAGCUUUUGUGUUUGUCGUUAAUGAAAGACAGCCCACAGGGGUACAUGGUAUUACAAAAAAUGUUUAAUUUACCAAGCAAAAGAACAAUAGCCCGUUUUGCCCAAAAUGUAAAAUUUGGUGUACGUGUUCAAGCACAAUCUAAGUAA